AAACGCCUUGCGGGAGCGAGCGCGUCUGAGAGCCCGCGGGCCGGGAAGCGCUGCGGGUUGGGAGACCCGCGCCGGCGAUUCAGAUUACCUGUGGAACAUAAACAAUGGAUUCCUUGGACCAUAUGCUGACGGAUCCCUUGGAACUGGGUCCAUGUGGAGAUGGCCAUGGCACACGUAUUAUGGAGGACUGCCUCCUGGGGGGCACCAGGGUUAGUCUGCCCGAGGACCUUCUGGAGGAUCCUGAGAUAUUCUUUGAUGUAGUCAGCCUCUCAACAUGGCAAGAAGUAUUGAGUGACUCUCAACGUGAACACCUCCAGCAGUUUCUGCCUCACUUCCCUGAAGACAGUUUUGAGCAGCAAAAUCAGCUCAUUUUGGCCCUGUUCAGUGGGGAGAACUUCCGCUUUGGGAACCCUCUGCACAUUGCCCAGAAGCUUUUCCGAGACGGACACUUUAACCCGGAGGUGGUCAAGUACCGGCAGCUGUGCUUCAAGUCCCAGUACAAGCGCUACCUCACCUCCCAGCAGCAGUACUUCCAUAGGCUGCUGAGGCAGAUCCUGGCUUCCCGGAGCGACCUACUGGAGAUGGCCCGACGGAGCGGCCCAGCCCUUCCCUUCCGCCAGAAGCGCCCUUCACCCUCCCGUACCCCUGAGGAGCGGGAGUGGCGGACCCAGCAGCGCUACUUGAAGGUGUUGAGGGAAGUAAAGGAGGAGUGUGGCGACACGGACCUGUCAUCUGAUGAAGAGGCCACGUUGGAUUUACAAGAAAAAUUUUCUUUUGAAGAUCUCAGCUCAUGGCUUCCGAGCUCUCCAGCGCGUUCUCCUAGCCCUGCGGUGCCCCUGAGGGUGGUGCCCACGCUUUCAACCACGGAUAUGAAAACUGCAGAUAAAAUAGAACUGGGGGACAGUGACCUGAAGAUAAUGUUAAAGAAGCACCAUGAGAAGCGGAAACAUCAACCAGAUCAUCCGGACCUUUUGACAGGGGACCUGACUCUCAGUGACAUCAUGACUCGAGUAAAUGCCGGCAGGAAGGGCUCUCUAGCAGCCCUGUAUGACUUGGCUGUCCUUAAAAAAAAGGUUAAGGAAAAAGAGGAGAAGAAGAAGAAGAAAAUAAAACUGAUCAAAUCAGAGGCAGAGGAUUUGGCUGAACCCUUAAGCAGCGCUGACGGGAUCCCGCCUCUCUCCCAGGCCCCUUCUCCGCUGGCUAUACCUGCUAUCAAGGAGGAGCCUCUUGAAGACCUCAAACCUUGCCUUGGAAUCAAUGAAAUAUCUUCCAGUUUCUUCUCUCUUCUAUUAGAGAUCUUGCUGCUAGAGGGGCAGGCUAGCCUUCCUAUGCUGGAGGAACGGGUUUUGGAUUGGCAGUCCUCUCCAGCCAGCUCCCUCAAUAGCUGGUUCUCUGCCGCCCCCAACUGGGCAGAGUUGGUGUUACCAGCCCUGCAAUAUCUUGCUGGGGAAAGUCGUGCCAUACCUUCCAGUUUCUCAGCAUUUGUUGAAUUCAAAGAGAAAACCCAGCAGUGGAAAUUGCUUGGCCAGUCCCAAGAUAAUGAAAAGGAAUUAGCUGCACUCUUCCAGCUGUGGCUAGAAACCAAAGACCAGGCUUUCUGUAAGCAAGAAAAUGAAGACAGCUCAGAUGCCACAACACCUGUUCCUCGGGUAAGAACUGACUAUGUGGUGCGGCCCAGCACGGGGGAGGAGAAGAGAGUUUUUCAGGAGCAGGAGCGUUACAGAUACAGCCAACCCCAUAAGGCAUUCACCUUUCGCAUGCAUGGCUUCGAGUCUGUGGUGGGGCCUGUGAAGGGUGUUUUUGACAAGGAGACCUCACUCAACAAGGCUCGGGAACACUCCCUGCUGCGCUCUGACCGGCCUGCCUAUGUCACCAUCCUGUCUCUUGUUCGAGAUGCUGCGGCCCGGCUGCCUAACGGGGAAGGUACCCGGGCAGAGAUCUGUGAACUACUCAAGGACUCCCAGUUUCUUGCCCCAGAUGUCACCAGCACCCAGGUGAACACGGUGGUGAGCGGAGCACUGGAUCGGCUGCAUUAUGAGAAAGACCCGUGUGUGAAAUACGACAUUGGGCGAAAGCUGUGGAUCUACCUGCAUCGAGACCGGAGUGAGGAGGAGUUCGAGCGGAUUCACCAAGCACAGGCAGCUGCAGCUAAAGCCAGGAAAGCCCUUCAGCAAAAACCCAAGCCCCCAUCGAAGGUGAAAUCCGGUACCAAGGAGAGUUCACUGAAGGUCCUCAGCAGUGGCCCCUCUGAGCAGAGCCAGAUGAGCCUCAGUGACUCCAGCAUGCCACCCACCCCGGUCACACCUGUGACCCCCACCACUCCGGCUUUGCCUGCCACUCCGAUCUCCCCUCCACCUGUGUCAUCAGUGAACAAAAGUGGCCCUGCUGCUGUCUCAGAACCAGCUAAAUCUAGCUCAGGUGUUCUUCUGGUGUCUUCCCCAACCAUGCCACAGCUAGGAACGAUGCUUUCCCCGGCUUCCAGCCAGACUCCACCAAGUUCUCAGGCCACCGCCCGCGUCGUGAGCCACUCUGGCUCAGCUGGACUACCCCAGGUGCGGGUGGUGGCCCAGCCUGGCCUUCCUACUGUGACUCAGCAGUCGGCGGGACCAACGCAGACGCUGCCCCAGAUGCCGGCGGGACCACAGAUUCGCGCUCCAGCCACUGCUCCACAGACCAAAGUUGUGCCCCAGACAGUAAUGGCCACCGUUCCAGUCAAAGCCCAGAGCACAGCGGCCACUGUGCAGCGUCCUGGCCCAGGGCAGACGGGGCUCACGAUGACAAGUCUCCCUGCCACAGCCAGCCCCGCAAGCAAGCCAGCCACGAGUUCUCCCGGGAGCUCUGCUCCGAGUGCUUCCCCGGCUGCUGUCAUUCAGAAUGUCACAGGACAGAACAUCAUCAAGCAGGUGGCCAUCACUGGGCAGCUCGGUGUGAAGCCCCAGACGGGCAACAGCAUUCCGCUCACAGCCACUAACUUCUGCAUCCAGGGUAAGGAUGUCUUGCGUCUGCCGCCCUCUUCCAUCACCACGGAUGCCAAAGGCCAGACGGUUUUGCGAAUCACUCCGGACAUGAUGGCCACGUUGGCCAAGUCCCAGGUCACCACAGUCAAAUUGACCCAGGACCUCUUUGGGACAGGAAGCGGCACUGCGGGCAAAGGCAUUUCUGCUACCUUACACGUCACUUCCAAUCCGGUUCAUGCCACGGAGAGCCCUGCCAAGGCCAGUUCGGCCAGUGCCCCUUCAUCCACUCCAACAGGUACCACCGUGGUUAAAGUGACUCCUGACCUCAAGCCAACAGAAGCCUCAAGUUCAGCUUUCCGCUUGAUGCCUGCGCUCGGUGUGAGUGUGGCAGACCAGAAGGCGAAAAACACAGUGGCUUCUUCUGAAGCGAAACCGGCUGCCACGAUCCGCAUCGUGCAGGGCCUGGGAGUGAUGCCCCCCAAAGCAGGCCAGACCAUCACAGUUGCGGCCCAUGCCAAGCAAGGGUCCUCAGUGGCCGGUGGGUCUGGAACUGUCCAUACUUCAGCGGUGUCCUUGCCCAGUAUGAAUGCUGCUGUGUCCAAGACUGUGGCCGUGGCUUCCGGGGCCGCAAGCACCCCCAUCAGCAUUGGGACGGGAGCCUCUGCCGUGCGGCAGGUCCCUGUCAGCACCACGGUGGUUUCCACGUCCCAGGCUGGGAAGCUGCCUACGCGGAUCACGGUUCCACUGUCUGUUAUUAGCCAGCCUAUGAAGGGCAAAAGUGUGGUCACGGCCCCCAUCAUCAAAGGCAACCUUGGAGCCAACCUCGGUGGCUUGGGCCGCAAUAUCAUCCUCACCACCAUGCCCGCGGGUACUAAGCUCAUUGCUGGCAAUAAGCCUGUGAGUUUCCUCACUGCCCAGCAGUUGCAGCAGCUUCAGCAACAAGGUCAGGCCACACAGGUGCGCAUCCAGACUGUGCCCGCAUCUCAUCUUCAACAGGGGACAGCUUCGGGUUCCUCCAAAGCAGUCUCCACUGUCGUUGUGACCACAGCUCCAUCUCCUAAACAGGCACCUGAACAGCAGUGAUUCGGGGCAAGAGAGGCGGCGUCCAUGCACGCACGCACCCGGGUCUGCCCUCCUGGCCGAGAUGAGGGGAGCAGAGGGGGGGCAUCGUUCUUCUCAGCUUGUCUGGUUAGGGAAGGCCGGCAGUGGGAUGAUGGCAUCAGUGGCCUGGAAUCUGCCGCCACACUCCACAGCGGAGCACACCAAGAAAAGUCCCCUCCAGGCUUCCAAGGGCUGUUCUGUUCCGAUCCGGGAGAAGCUCCUCUGUUAGGGUUGGGUGAGGUCACUGUUGGGCCCCACGAGCCCAGUUCUCUUCUGGAGAGCCAGACGCCGGGGGAAGGCUCACAGCCGCAGAGCGUGCACACCGGCAGGAAACCUGGUUCUCUGUGGGGAUUGGGUUUUUUAGCUUCUGCUCUUCUCUGUGACUAGUGGUCUAGAUAGGAGUUUUUGUGUCCAGAAAUUUUUAUGUAACUUAUUUUUUUAAGGAACCUGUUGUACAUCUUUAUCCAAGAGAAACCUGGGCUCUAGCCCUCUCCCCCCGCCCCCCAAACUGAUUACUUAUUCUUUUGACCAGAAUGAGAGAAUAGCAGGAUUCUUAGUAAGUUGGUGGCUGACUUGAUCACUACAUAGUAAUGGGGAGGUUGUAAGGUGGGCAGGGAAUCCUAGGGAACGAGAGAGUAUGGGUUCCCCGAAAUGGGAUGAGUUUGGCAUCGCCUCAUAAAGACGAGGUAUCGGGAUCUUGAUUGUGGUCUGUAUCUUCACCUGCUGACUUUGUCGUCCUUGUCAAGCCUGUUCACACCAAAGUCCAGAGCCAGUGGACAGAGUAGGCAAGCAGCAGCAGAGAUGCUGCUUUUGCAGCUCAGACCGUAUUGCGGUUCAGAGAUUGUAUGUUCUGCUUUGCUCCAGAGCAAGUCUACAAACCACAGCCCUGGGCUGGCUACCAGUUUUUGUAAAUAAAGUCUUAUUGGAACACA